GGCUCGUUUCAACAGCUCUGCUGAUCGCUGUUUGGAUGUUGUACAGAUCAGCUCUGUCUGCUCACUCACUCAUUUAAAACCCAUAGCUCCGCUUCAUUCACAGGCCUGCUCUGUUAUGAACAUGGCGCCGUUUUUAACGAGUUUUAUUUAUUUGGCGUUGUUGUGUAGUAGGAUAUGCUGUGAUAAUGACACAGAAGAGGAUGAGCACGCCAAACACACAUACACGGUGGAGAUGUUCAAUGAUGCCGUCUCUACUGCUCCACACUUCGUCAUGUUCUACGCGCCCUGGUGUGGUCACUGUCAGCGGCUGCAGGGAACGUGGAAUGAGCUGGCAGAUAAAUAUAACAGUAUGGAGGCUCCUCCAGUGUAUGUUGUGAAAUUCGACUGCACAAAAGACACAAAGUUUUGCUCCAGUGAACAUGGGAUCCGUGGAUACCCAACUCUGAAGUUGUUUAAACCUGAUCAGGAGGCUUUGAAGUAUCAGGGCCCGAGAGACCUGCAGGCGUUAGAGAGCUGGAUGCUGAAAACCCUGCAGGAUGAACCGGAAGAACCUCAGACUGAACCCGAGCCACCCAAAGUCCCUGAACCCAAACAGGGCCUGUAUGAACUCACAGCCACAAACUUCAAACCACACAUCUCUAAAGGUUCUCACUUUGUGAAAUUCUAUGCGCCGUGGUGUGGGCACUGCAAAGCCAUGGCUUCAACAUGGGAACAGCUCGCCACCAGCUUUGAGCAUUCAGACACCGUCAAGAUCUGCAAGGUUGAUUGCACACAGCACUAUGAGGUGUGUUCAGAUAAUCAGGUUCGUGGUUAUCCCACGCUACUCUUCUUCACUGAUGGAGAGAAGAUUGAUCAGUACAGAGGAAAACGUGAUCUGGAUUCAUUUAAAGAGUUUGUUGAUAGUCACAUGAAAGCUGCAGAAUCUAAAGAUGAACCUGCAGAAGAGGAGGAGCACGCUCACGAAAUCCCACCCAGCGCUGACCCUGACAAAGAAGAGAUGUGUGGUCACUGCAAGAACCUGGCCCCUACCUGGGAGGAUCUAUCUAAAGAGGAGUUCCCUGGUCUGACUGAUGUGAAGAUUGCUAAAGUGGACUGCACCGUGGAGAGAACGCUCUGCAACAGAUACUCUGUGCGUGGAUACCCAACUCUCCUGAUGUUCCGGGCAGGGCAACAGGGGGAGGAGCAUAAUGGUGGGCGGGACUUAGAGAGUUUGCACAGUUUUGUAAUGAAACAAGCGAGAGAUGAGCUGUAACUCCUCCCUUAUUUUCCAUCUCACAACACAUCCUCCACAAAGCAACACUACCUACAUUUACCAUACUGACAAAGACUGCGACUGCUUUUUCUUCAUUUCUGUCCCUCACCUGCUGAAGUGAGGACCAUCUCUUCCACAUGAUAAUAUGUGAAUGUACAUUUCAUCUCGACCAGUUGAUGAGAUUAUUAGCAAUUACAACCACAGACUUUUGAUUUUGCCCUUUCUCCCUUAAAAGAACAGCUGUAUGAUGUAAAGAAAAUGACACUUCCAUUAAGAUCAUUACAUCAUUUAAGGUGCAUAUUUCGUAAAUGUCAGUUAUAUUUGAGGGAAUUCAGCUUAGUUUGCUAUCCAAUAAGAAAAUAUGACCUCAGGGAGACCAUGUAGCAUUUAAGAAAACAAUGCCAUGUACCUGCUGUGAUUUCCCUUUUACUCCAUUCAGUAUAACAUACUAUAUGAUACACACUUGCAAACAGCACUUUGACCACAUACGUGGUCUUUCUAUUGGGGUUUCAAAUGUUUCUUUUGUGGUCUUCAGGUUUUGAAUAGGUUGUAUUGUUCAGAGGAUAAAAAAAAAAAUCAACCAGUCUAAGGUAGUUUGUUAGUCAAACUGGGAGACCUGCUUAAACCAGCCAAGGUUCAGAUGGUGUGCCAUAAGUAUCAAACCAGGCCAGUCUUAACCAGCUUAAUGGCCAGCAAACCACAUUAGGCUGGUUUGACCAGAUUUCUUCAGUAAGGAUGACAUUUGUUUAAAUACUUUUGGUUAAUUUGUCUUCUAAAGCUUCUUGGUGUUCUUAUAGGCAUAUGAAUGGAGCAGAGCCAUAUCAGAUCCCUAAUGCCGUUAUAUAAUACUUUUUUUUUAUUAAAUUGAAAAUUAAAUUUCUCAGUACUCAGCAAGGUAAAAAUGCAAAAUCGAUCAUAUUUGCUGUAUAGUGACAGUUUAUGGAAAUACGGUUUACUUUGAAGUACAUUAGAGGUUGUGAAACGUUAAAGGAGUUAUGGUACAGUAUUUUUUCCUUAUUGUUUAUUCUGCAGAUGUAGCUUUUUUGUUUUUAUUUUUUGCCGUCAUUUUUCCUUUGACUAGAUUUGUCUUUUUAGACUGUUAGAAACUUUUUUUCCCCUCCGUGAUGCUUUCACAUGCAGUCAACCACUUUCAAUGUUAUUAGUGAACUGCUUAAAACACUAGCGUGGCCCGUUAUCAUUUCAUGAAGAACACUGAUAGAGUUGUAUGUCGUCUUUGAUGCUCUCCACUGGCUUCAUUGAUUUAAACUAAUGUAAUUUACAUAUUUCCUUUCAAAUAUUCCCACAGCGAUGUGUUUAUUUUUUUUUCUUUUACUGGAUCUGAAAGAGAAGGAAGGGAAAAGCAAUCAGAGAAACCGCAUAUAUUCAGUGGAGUCUUUAUGAGAGGCACAUGAUCAAGGCUGACCUCAGUGAAAUACGCAGGGUUUCUGUCCUGUGUGAGAGGGGUACACUCACUGCGUGGGGGUUUUUGUACAAAAAAGGCACAUUGUGACAAAUUUCAUAAUAAAUAGUCUUUUUCCAAAAA